AUGGCAACCCGGAAAUCAGUUCCCUUGCCCCUCAAGUUCACAAUCUGGCUACUUCUUCUAGCCCUUGCCAUUCCUUGCGCCACUUGCGCCCGAAUCCUCGAUGAGGAAAGCCCUGCAUCCCCUGAAGAGCCUCAUACAACUCAAACACAAAUACCUGUUUCCAAUGUGCCACCUCCUCUGGUGGCUACAAAUCCAGCAGGCCCUGCUGCAGCUACAAGUGCCACAGUUGGCAACACAGCAUCCUACCAUCCGCUAACCUUCUUCUUGCAUGACAUUAUCGGAGGAUCAAACCCCUCAGCGAGAGCUGUCACUGGAAUUGUGGCCAACCCGGCAGUCAGCGGUCAAAUCCCUUUUGCCAAACCCAAUGGAGCAAACAUCCCAAUUGGAAAUGGCAUUCCUCAAAACAGCAACAACAAUGGAAUCAUCGACAACAACAACGUCCCCUUCUUCACCGGCCUUGGUGGAAACACUGGCAACAACUUGGUCCAAAACAAUGGUAACAACAACAACAUCAUUGGUGGGAAUGGGUUUCCGUACAUUAACGGGGCUCAGCUCCCUCCUGGAAUCACCCUUCAAAAGCUUAUGUUUGGGACACUAACAGUUUUCGAUGAUGAGCUGACUGAAGGGCAUGAACUUGGUUCUGGCUUGCUCGGCAAGGCACAAGGGUUUUACGUGGCGAGUUCUGAAGAUGGGAGCAGCCAGACCAUUGCAUUCACAGCCAUGUUUCAGAGUGGUGGUUACGCUGAUAGCCUCACCUUCUUCGGUGUGCAUCAGGUGGCGGUGUCGGAGUCUCAUCUUGCAAUCAUGGGAGGAACUGGGAAGUAUCUCAAUGCAAAGGGUUAUGCUCUUGUUAAGACUAUUCCUGCAACAAAUCAGCACAACACUGAUGGAGUUGACACCGUACUGGAGUUUACUACGUAUCUCACUUACUAG